AUGGUCUCCUCCUCCCCUUUCCCUCCCAGGCCCUCCUCAUACUCAUCAGCAAACACAACCACCACCCAAUCCACUUUCAUGUCUGUGGUGAUUUCCCCUCGACCAGUUGGAGUUGGAGUAUAUUUUAUUCAAAUAGAGGCUUUGUAUUCGACCCAUUCACUUCCACUUCCUUAUCAGUGGUUUCGGCCAGUACUACUGCUCAAUAACAAUGCUGGUGGUGAUAAUAUUGGUCUUGUAUUCGACACACUCACUUCCACUUCCUUAUCAGUGGUGCCUUGUGAUUCUGCAGCCUGUAAUCACCUUGGUUGCAACAACAGUCAGUGUCAGUACAAGGUGGACUACAUGGAUGGAUCCUUCACGAAAGGCGUGCUUGUACUCGAAAAACUCAUGUUUGGAGGCAUUGGUGUUCUGGAUGUGUUUUUUGGGUGCAUGCACUCAAAUCAUGGCUUGGUGACUAGAGCCGAUGGCCUUCGAGGUGGGCCAUUGUCAUUGCUAACUCAGCUUCGGCUACAUGGAUUGGUUGACAUCUUCAACUAUUGCUUGUCGCAAGGUAUGGUUUUUGGGUCACCAGGUUGGUUGAAUUUCAGCCUUCCAGGUGCAUUGCUACAUGCGGGAACCGCAUCCCCUUGCCCCCCAACCCAAACACACCGACCUUUUAUUAUGUCGGCCUCUUGGGCAUAG